GCUUUGCACACAGCGCCCGGGCCCUUUGCACCCGGUUGCAGACGCGGCUGCUGUUUUAUAAGUUCGGCGCCUCCGACAACGAGCACAUCCACCAGCUCCGAGUGAACAGAAGUGAAUUGCCAGAGAAACGGCCGAGGAAAGAAACUCAGAAGAUGUCUGACGCUCCAUGCACAUGUAGCCAGGGCGGCUCGUGUUCCUGCGGGGACAACUGUAAAUGCAAAGACUGCAAAUGCACAUCGUGUAAGAAGAGCUGCUGCUCCUGUUGCCCCGUAGGUUGCAGCAAAUGCGCCCAAGGCUGCGUCUGCAAAGGCGCCGGCGACAAGUGCAGCUGCUGCCACUGAAGGUCGCCCAUCGUGGACCAGCCUCAACCCGGGACCAACCGGCACCGCCUGCUCCCCGAUGCGGCGUCUUUACUGGGGCCCUUAUUCGAGGGCUCCUCGAGGGGAGGAUUAUUAUCGUUAUUGUUAAAGUAUUUUUUUGUUUCACUAUGGAUAUAUUGAUUUGUACCUGAUUAAAAUAGUCGUUUGACC